GCCAUGGGGCGGGGCCGGGGCGGCCAUGGCGACGGGCGGCGGCGGAGCCGGGCCGGGGCCCGCUCCCGCUCCCGGGGCCGCUCCCGCUGCCAGCGGAGCCGGCGGCCGGCGGGGCCCGGGGCUGAUUUGGGCUGAAAAGAAGAGGCUGAGCAAAGGGACAGAUGUGGUGGAGAAGAGAGGUCCAUACAUCAUGAGCAAACCUCCCUCCAUUCAGGCCAAGUUGAAGAGGCAGCGGGAGCUGGCAAAGGCAGCGCUGCGAAGGCAGGGGCUGCUGGGGGCACCCACUGCCCUGAAACCAACUCCUAAAAGGUCUGUGAAGUUCAACAAGGGCUACACAGCGCUCAGCCAGACAGCUGAUGAAAACCUGGUCUCCCUUGACUCAGACAGUGACGGGGAGCCAGGAUCCAGGUGUUCCUCGGGAUACUCCUCCGCUGAGCAGGUGACCCAGGACCUGAGCCGGCAGCUGCUGCAGGACGGGUACCACCUCGACGAGGUCCCCGAUGAUGAAGACCUGGAUCUCAUCCCCCCAAAACCUGCUGCCUCCUCUUCUUGCCCCUGUUGUUUCGGAGAAAACCUCUCCUGUGUGAUCCAGUAG